AACUGAUCAUAGAUUACGGCAAUAGCGGGACGCGCGAAUCGGAGGUCGCUCAGACGCUCUGGAUCGAUGCUCAGGCUGAUGAUUUCGGAGGAAUUUCUCCCGAAAAAGUGUCGACCCAUGGGUCCCGACUUUUUUUCUCGAUAACCUUGUUCUUUCCCGUUAGGGCUUCGUCCAGCCUCUUCCCUUCUUCCUAUUGCUGCGUCCUCCUCCUGCGCAGCUAGACGGUGCAACGGUUUCUUCCACAUCAGCUGCUCCUAACAGCGUAGUGAUCUCUCUCUCUCUCUUUCUCUCUCCCGCCGCCAUUUUUCAGCAAGCAUCAUCUACCUUUUUCUCCGUCCUCUAUUUCAUUUUCUUCGUCCUCUACUUCUUCUCCUUCUUCAACCCUCGUUCGUUCUCCUCUCCCUCCUCCUGGUAAGCGUCCAAAUCUCGUCGCCUCGUCUAUGAGUGGCGUCUCGUAAUCAGGACAGAGAGCACCCUCGUUUGCCUUCGGAAACUAGUUUUUCGGGUUUUGCGCAUGCUGAUGUACUAACAACUGUUUCAAAGCCUGUGAAACAGAGGCAUUUCAUGGCAACCAAUGGCCAUCAAACGCCAUCCUAGACUAUACGGCGUCAGAUUCUCACGGAGGGAGGGAGGAGACUUGCCUCUACGGGCUUUCUUCUUCCACUUCACUUUGUUGACAGGAGUUAUUUGGCAAUGGAGCUGUCUGUGCCGUCAAGCUCCAGUGCUCCUACUGAAUUGAUGUUUAAGAACCGUCUUCAAGAAUAUGCUCAAAAAUUGGGUCUUCCACUUCCUUUGUAUCAAACAAUUAAUGAAGGUUUCACUCAUGCACCCUUAUUUAGAGCUACAGUUAUUGUUGAUGGAGAGACCUAUCGAUCGCAGCACACUUUCAAACACCGGAAGACUGCAGAACAGGAUGUUGCAAGGCUUGCACUUGAGUCAUUAUCAAAGAAGAUAGAAGUUGAGGGCACAAGGCUGAUAAGUGAGGAAACAAUACUUUGCAAAUCUAUUCUUAAUGAAUUCGUGGUCAAAACGAACAUGGAGAAACCAUCGUACACUGUAGUCCAAGCAUCAGGCCUGCUACCAAUGUUUGUCUCUUCUGUGGUUUUUAAUGGUGUGACAUACACUGGCAAUGCAGCAAAGAGCAAAAGGGAAGCAGAACAACUGGCUGCACGAAAAGUUAUCCAGACAAUCCUUGAACGGGCUUGUAAUUCUAGUCACAAGAAUAUACUCUCAAAAAUUAUAAAAUCCAAGUCGAGGCUUUAUGAUUCUACCAACAAGAAUACUACUUCCAACGAGAAUCAUAAAAGAGUUUCAGUGGAUUCUGUUACAGAUCCACUUCCAUCUGAUGUGGUCGGGCUUAAAAAAUUGAAAGUUGAGAAUGCUAGUGAAGUGACUAAUCCAACUAAUGGGACUAAUCCAACUAAUGGUGGAGUUCAUGCACCGGACCAAUCUGCCAAACUUUUCCUGCCUCAACCAGCACUUGAAGGAAACAAUCUACAGCUGCUAGUGGUGAAUGCACGUGGACUUAACGCUCAGGAAAAGCCUUGAAGUAAUUUAAACACGCUCAGAUGCCCUUUUGGUCGGUCACAUGGGAUUUGCUGCUACAUGCGUUAUCAUUAAAAGGACGGGUCCAGAGCAGACGUACUUGGGAAGAUUGGAAUUGGCUAGCAAGCUCGUUUGUUAACUGUUGCAGAUUUCUUUCUCUGCUAUCUGUUUCACUUUCCUCUGUUGUAAUGCUUGAUGGCAUUUCAUCCUUGUUCUACUCGUGCCUAGAAUUGCAUUUCGCUGGCCAUUUACCAUUUUUGCUUCUCGUGCUGGAUGUGCAUGACCUGAACUCAUUUUAUUUUUCACACGACGAGCAUGCCAGAGUCUGCUGCUUUAGAGUA